AAGGAUGUGCCAGACAAUAGGAGCGGAACAGAAGACUGACCAGAGAUGUCUUGUGUGAACCCUCCUCCUCCUCCCCCUCCUCCAAGGGAGGUACCAGGGACAACACUAGGAUAGCAGGGAGGCAGCUUGUACUUGUGCAGCCUGGAAGGACUGACAUCGCCUGCACUCACACAGUCCACACUACACAGCACAGUUCUUCCCCAGGAGCCGUGCUCUGUGCACAGCACACAAGGAGCCCAGAUGUCAUCAUACAAGCCACAACGGAUGUAACAUUCACACAAGGGACUUCAAGACUGUUGCACACAGACCAAGGUGCAGAAAAGUUAUUUUUCUUCCAUAAAGUUUGCAAAAGUUUUUGAAAAGUUUCUCAGAAGAACCAAGCUGCAUCAGGGAGAUAUUGGUCAAUCAGCUACCCACAGAGGAUGCCUAGGAGCCUGUAAACUAAGCAUGGAUCCCCUGGGUGACCAGUGCAGCCCACUGCAGCCAGUUCGCAGGACCCAGUGGCUGGUAAGUGCUCUUGCCUAUCACUACGGGCUGGACCACGGGCUGGAUAAUGAGAUCAUCGUUCUGGCCACCGGUUUGGAUCAGUACCUGCAGGAGGUCUUCCAUCACCUGGACUGGCAGGCACAGGGCACCAUCCCCAGGGAGGAGUUCCGAACUCUGUGCAGGGUACUGGGGCUGGAGCCUGGCAUAGAAGAAUGUGAGGAGCUGCUGGAGGAUCUCCCGGAGCGGCUCAGCUUUAGACAGUUUCAUGCCAGGCUGUGCGGGUAUUUCAGCUCCAGAGCAGGUGCUACCAGGCUGCCCGUGGGGCGCGAGAACGAACAGAUCCAGGAUGAGAUCCGGCUGAGAAGCCCACAGUUGUCAAAAAGGGAAGCUCCAAGAAAUCGUGCACAGUCUGUGGUUGAAGAUGAACUCCGGAGACUGGAGGGUGAGAACCAGAAUCUGCGACAACUGCUGGAGGACAUGAAGGGGGCGCUGCAGAGCAGUGAUGCCCGCUGCCUGGCAGUUGCAACUUCAAACUUUGCUGAAGACCUGGUUUUGCUUAGUGACUUGAGGGUUGGCCUGUAUAGAAGUCGUGCAUCACAACCAAUGGAGAUGACUGCCACUAAUGCCAACAGAAGGGUUUUAUCUCAGAGUUACACUGUGACAACCAAAUGUGUCCAGAGAGAAAUCAACGUGAUUCAGAACUCCAGCAAUGGACAAAUAGAGGAAGUGACCAGACUAAAUAAAGACCUGCAAGAGAAACUGAACAAAACUGAGAAAGUUCUAGUGUACUUGGAGGACUCUAACCAGCAAUUGUUGAAGGAACAGGCAGUGAUGACACGAAGGGUGGAAGAUGCACGUCAAGCAGUCCUGGCAUGUUAUAGCAAAGUGAAGGACUUGGAAGAAAAAUCACGUAAAGUUCCUAUGCUCCAGAGGCAUAUAGAACAGCUGGAAAACCAACUACAAUAUUAUAAGUACCGGUCAGAAGCAACCAUGAUUAAUACAACAAAAUCGGAGGAAAAACUCCCGACCCUGAAGCCUUAUCAUUUACUUGUCAAGACAAAACACAGAUCGCCCACUGAAGAUAUACAUGCUGAUCACAGUGCAGAAGAUCAGAUAUUUCGCUCUGUGGAAGGACAAGCAGCAUCUGAUGAAGAGGAGGACAAGUGGGCCGGGAACCCAACAGAUGCAAUGCAAGGGCUUCUAUCCAGCAUCUCAUGCUGCACGAGCGGGUGCGAGGACAGAAGGAUAUGGAAGCUCCUGACUGAUAUUGUUGGAACUGAUAUUAUUGAUCCCAGGGAUUUACCUGCAUUAUUGGUGGAAAGGAUCUCCAAAUUGACUGAAGAGCUGACGGUAAAAGAGCAGGAAAUGAGGGAUCUAGAACUGCUGAUGGAAGAGACCAAGGAUCCAUUGAUUGAUGAACUUGAAAGAAAAGAUGAAGAGAUUGAGCUAUUAAGGUUAGACCUUCAGAUGUUGGAGACAGAGAGGGUUCGCCUUUCCCUAGUAGAGGAAAAACUUCUUGAUGUUCUACAGAUUCUUCAACAGCUAGGGGAUCUGCAAAUACCGCAUCAGGAAUUGGGAAGAGUCCUAUUAAACACCCUGGAAAGAUGUAGAGAACCGCAGAAUGGAAAGGAACAUAUCUUUGGUGUUUUGGACACUUUAUACCAUGAAUUAUCUGUCUGUGAAUUACUUCAUCACCAGCACAAUGAAGGAGAUAGCGGGCAGUCCUUGGCCGGUUCCCUAGUUGUAUCUUGUUGAACAACAGCGCCAUCUAUGGGUCAUCCGUGACAGUGCAUCUCAGAGGAGCAUGAAAACUAUCUGGAUGCCCUGAGACAGACUGUGAGUGAACUGGAUUGGAUGACAAGGAGAAACCAGCACUAAUCCAUCUCCCCAAGCUAUACUCCACAAGCUGGAUCACACAGAGCCGGAGCAUUUGCUUGACUGUUUCCGGGCAAAGCAGCCCAAGAAGAGCCCAGACAAUGAGCACAUGAAACAUUUUCAUUGGUUGAUACAGACCCCAAAAAAAAUUAAAUUAAUUUUUUACCUGCAGAUGGCCCAUGUGCCUGAAAGGAAUUCAUCAGUUAGCACUGCCAAUGACUGCCAUAUGGGAACAAGUUAAAAUGUGAACAAUUAAAAUAAAAAUAUAGCAAUGAAAUGCCAGAUUUCCCCCGACUAGGGGCCCCUGACUGUGAUAUUGCAGAGAGGACAGCAUAGCCAUUUAUUGUUCAACAGUGUACUCAUCCAGAACCAGUGGCGUAGCAAGAAAUUAUUGGGCCCCACAGCAAAUUUUUGAAUGGGCCCCCCCCCCCUCCGCCAGUAAUUUUUUCGCAACCCCUUCCUUUCAUGCCGCCCCCAUUCUCAUGACUAGUAAAGAGAUCGCUCGCUCAGACCAGGCCCGACAGCUGUUCCAUCCGAUUUCUACACUGUCUAUACUGCCACUGUAUUUAAUUUCAUUGUGUAAUACUGUUGAGGGGGACCUGACCAAAUCCUAUAGUCCUCCUUCUCCUGGAGGGGCCCCUUCUGGGUCAGGGCCCCAAAGCAGCCGCUUCCCCUGCUUUCCCUAUAGCUACGCCCCUGUCCAGGACUAAUACUGGUGAUGGUGUGUGACAAAAAAAUCAAUUCAUUUCACAAAUCGCUCUGUCUAAUGGAGCAGUGAAAAGAUAACAUUAUAUAUUACAAUAUACUUCCCAAAAGCAUUUGUUUAUGCUUUAAGAAUUACUCCCCAAUAUACUUAUUAAUGUGUAAAAACGUAUUGUAUGAAAUUGUAAAUAUCGGUAAAUUAUCUUUUUUUUAGAUAAUUCUUCUGUCAAGGCCUGUGCAGAAAACAGCUUAAAUCACCUGUCAAUCUGGAGGACCUGACACAUCCAUGCAGAACAUUGAUUUCAGUGUAAUACUUAAAGGGCAUCUGUCAGCAGUUUUGUCCCUAUGACACUGGCUGACCUGUUACA